AUGAGUACCAGUAGCCCAAGGAAAAAGGUACAGGUGCGUCCCACACAAAAGACGGACGACACCUGUUCGCCCUGUAUAACAAAAGCCAAAAUAGGACAGAUGCUUAUCAACACCUUAGUCUACCAUACACAGGCUCCUAGGAAUUGUAAACCCAUGAAACAGAACUGUGUGCAUAACAAAACUAUGUACAGUUACUGUAAAGAAAACCAGAAGCUAGUUUGUUAUAAUCCCUCAACACCCAUUCGCCUUAACUUUACAUUAUAUACCGGAUUGCCAAAAGCAUGGUAUAGACCAGAGCCAGAGGGAGGCGGAAGGCUGUUUUAUAUUAAUCAUACCACAGUCCUAAAAGGUAAUAACCGCCCGGCCGUACUGAUGUUUGAUGCCUGUAAAGCGCUCUCAUAUGGAUAUGGUUCCAAAUGCGGGUCAGAAGCGUGGGUAAAAACGUAUUAUUUCAACCACAAGUUUCUGUGUGGGGUAAACACCAAGGGUUGGCAUGGUAAUCCAGACCAAUGGUUACCGUGUGGAGGAACCACACAAUGUACAGGGUGGGCAUGUGUAUGCGACUACACUGGAGGUGGCUACAAAGGAUGUCCACACGUCUUGUCCUUCCGUAGGGGAAAUGGGAACAUCAUAAUAAUGGAACUGGCACAAUCGUAUCCAUCUAUGAUGAGCUAUGCUUUUGGGAUAGACGGCCAGGGCAGGGAUCCCCAGACGUAUUUGACUAUUAAGGUUGAAACUGUGUAUGAAGGACAGGUCAAAUCACUAGGGUGGACAAUAUAUGAUAAGCUCAGGGAAAUGGAAAAGAACCCAGUGGAUAUCAGUCCCUAUGCUAGAAACCUGUUUAUAGAGAUGGCAGAGGAUAUAGCCAAGACCCUAACAGUUAAGAACUGUUUUGUGUGUGGAGGUACUAACAUGGGGGAACAAUGGCCCUGGGAAGCAACAGAGGCAGCCCCCUCAAUGUAUAAUAACAUGUCAGUAGCAGGAAACAUCACAGCCAGACAUGAGAGCCAGGACAUCAUCUGGACGCUGACUACAAACCUGGUAGGAAACAAUUGUUUUACUCGCAAUGGGACCACUAAGGUAGGAGACCUGAUAUGUCUUGGUUCCUGGGAUAUAACCUAUACAAGAUGGCAAUCACCAGGUAACUCGUCACAGCCUGACAAGUUCAAUACCACCUUUCUAUCUUACCUCAAUCCAUCCGACCCAUCUAAUAUAUGGAAGGCCCCAGAAAACAUGUAUUGGAUUUGUGGACGGCUGGCUUAUGAACAGCUUCCCUUUAAUUGGUCAGGCUCCUGCAUUCUAGGCUGGAUUAAGCCAUCAUUUUUCCUUUUACCCAUUCAAGCGAGACAAGUAUUGGGGGUACCAGUAUAUGAACAUCUGGGACAAAGGACUAAAAGAGGCUUAUUUCCAGCCUACAAAAUGGAUGGAACACACCCUGAUUCACCAUUUUCAUCCUUCCCAUGUAAAAAUCUAGCAGAAUAUGAGGAAAAAGACACCUCCGAUUUGCAAUUCUGGACCAAUGAGAGAAUUGUAUGUACUUAUGGUAGAGCAACAUGGGCCGAGGAUGGAUCCUGGGGCUACCGGACUCCUGUCUAUUUGUUAAACCGUCUCAUACGUUUGCAGGCAAUAUUAGACAUGGCUGGCAUACGAAUCAGCACUGCCCUCAACGUGCUAUCAGAUACCACAGAUAGAUUAAGGACAGCAGUAUACCAAAAUAGACUAGCCUUGGACUACAUUCUAGCCAAAGAAGGAGGAGUAUGUGGUAAAUUCAAUCUGUCUAACUGUUGUCUGCAGAUCGAUGAGACAGGUACAGUAAUCAAGCAGUUAACCACUGAGCUAAGACAGCUUACAUAUAACCCCGACCAAGUAUGGCACAAAGGAGUGAAUCUCAAGGAAGUCUUCGGUAGUUGGUUCCCGAAAUUACCUGGCUUGCAGGCAAUCAUGGCCCUCAUAGGCCUUAUUGCAGCUGGUUGUGUCCUCAUUCCUUGUGUACUACCAAUCUUUGUACGCACUAUAUCCAACAGCUUAUCCUUGAUAGCCAAAAGAAACGCUACGGCUCAGGUAUGGCCAUGUGGCAGCUAG